AUGUUUCUUCCGUCAGAAAUAUCAGGAAAUGGACUUGGCGAAAUAGUCUAUGACUUAUUCACACCAAUACAAAUCAAACGUGCCGGCCUGAUCAGCAAGAGCCGCGAGAAGAGGGAAGAGGACCUCAUAUCAGUUAUGAAUAACACGAUACAGGUGAGUUAUUAAAUCAAACCAUUCCUGACUCAAUUUCCACAUGGAUGAAGAAGACAACAUGAUACACGACAGAGUGACACACAUCAUUAAGUCUAUUAUUAUUUGAAUAUUCGUAGAACAAUCACAAGUACUACACGUCACAAUUUAAUCCUGAUGGCUGGCAAAUGUGGAUCGAUCUUAGGAGUAAAGAUGGAAGUGUUUUUGAUGAGCAUUUGUCGUCAGCCAAACUCGCCGUCAAAGACAUCAAACUGCCUUUUGAAUUCCCAUACUGUGGUCAUUUGGUAACAAAUGCAACCAUAACAAGCGGUGGUAAGUAGGUUUUAGGUGCAAGCUUGCCUAGUCCCUGGCCUUCUCGGUUAAUGCAUUUCGGUGACGUAUCCAAGACAAACGACCAAAAACUCGCUAGGACCACGUUACCCGAAACGCAUCGGCCGCUCGCGAUAAUGAGGCCUAGAGAAUAGGCAAGGUGCAAGCUAUGCCGACCAUCAAUUACAGCUUAAUGGCUUUUGUGUGUGUGUGUGUGUGUGCCCAGGUUGCACAAGGUGGAAAUAUGACAGUCGGCACUGUUGGUAACCGAAAUAUAAGGAUUUGUGUGGGCAAAAAAACCCGAUUAUUUCUGUAACCUACAAAUAAGAAGAAAUUCAAAUAAAAACGGCCAACGUCGCUUACGCUUUGUGCGUUUCUUCUUUCUUGUGUGUGAUUCCUAAGAUGAUUUACGCCCACUGCGUUUUAUGGGUUUUAUUGUAACCGGUUGGCUCUCUCUAUAGAUCUCUAUUAAUUAAGGAUUAUAAAAGGAUUAAACUGGUUGCUAGGGGACCACACCGGAAUGAAGGAACACACCGUAACUAAGGUUGGUCAAUUUUAUUCAAAUCGUUUCACAUUCGUCGGGUUCAAAAACAAUCCUUUUCCUCAUAAAAAUGUUUAUCCUAGGCCCCGAUAUCCCUUUUGGUUCGAAUACCCAUAUAGUUUAAAAUAAUUUGAGCUUGGAACACCUGUGGUAUGUGUAGAUUGCGUGCAAAUUUAAUUUUUCGGUUUUUUCCUCUUUAGCAUCACAUUCGUACCCAGGUUUUUAAAUUAGGGAGUUUAAGAUACUCCGACUACGGACUACGGCUACGGAUAAACAUGCUACUGCGCAUGAUCAAAACCACGUGACUGUUCAUUUUUCCCGCGUAGUCCUGCGGCUACGGUGAGUUGUUGAGCUGUUUCGCGUAGUCGGGACUACGGAGAACAUUUUGCUCGUAUUUUGCCGUCUCGGUAAUUCAAGAAUCUCGUCUUUUCGAAAAGGUUCAAUUUGCCUGCUUUAAGUGAGAGGGAAGCGAAAUAUGUAAGUUGUGUCUAAUUUCUGCUCAGAUUUACGCUUUUAAUCCACCGUUGUGGCUACAUUUUUAUCUAGCUAAGCUCAUAUUUAAAGAAGCUUAGCUGUUUAUACGCAGAAUUCCGAUUGAUGGCCGAGGAGAAGAGAAAUCAUGCAGGUAAUUUACUUUCUCUUCACACUUGAAAAGUUUCAAUGUUUGUUCGAACUGAUUAGUGUGUCUUUCUACUUGUGUGACCUUUGUUUAUGCGAGUUUUUGUAUCGCAUUUGCUGAAUGAAAAUGAUGUAAACAUCUUCGAGACAAUCGAAACUGGGCAUUUCAAUACUUCAAACUACAUCAGAUCAGUAGUCGGAGAAGUCCAUCUUCUAAAUCUAAUAAAUGAGCUAUUACUAUUUCUGUCUAUUUCUUUAAUAUUUUACAUAAGUAUUCAUGGGCGAAAAAAAUAAAACCUGUGCAACCAAAACUUUGUUUACCAAUUUCACCCGAGCUACGGUGAUGGAACAAGGAGUAAAGUUGUAGGCGAAUCAACUUGUACGCGAAUCGACGUGUACGUAAUUGCUUCCUUCAAGUAUGGAAGAAUUUGUUCAUUGUUCUAAAGAUAAGAUCACAUGCAAAACUGACUUGCAUUUUUGUGAACUGUGGUGAAAACAAGAAAAUUUUUGCGUGUUGUUUCCCUCUCCGCCUCUCCGCCUCUUCUCUCGUAGUCUGCCGUCUGUAGUGGAAUCUUAACGUUCUAUAUUUGCACGACUCAACCCAGUGCUACAAACAAACGACAACGCUCGUCCAGCCGUAGUUCGUAGUCCGUAGUCUGCGUAUCUUAAACUCCCUAUUAUCCGACGAAGAAGACGGCUGCACUGCAGCCUUAUUGGGCAUGAGUGCCAGGCUCGGCGAAUGACCACAAAGAACAAGUGGCGGUACAGUCCAUCUCCAGCUGGAAAUCAAAAUAAACUCCUCUUGCUAUGGCAUAUGAAGCGCAUUUUUAAUGUCUCCAAAAUUUUUCGUUUUAGGAUUUAUCAAUUUGGGAGCAUCAAUAAAGCGCCAGAUAGCAAAUUUCCAAUUUGUGGCUCCAUUAAUGGCGUUCUUCAAUCCCUCACUUAAUGACACAAGCACUGUGCAUUACUUUGGUGAUGGUGAGUAUCUAUCUACCCACAUAUCUUUGAUUUUCUUUGGAAGUAGGUUACUAGACCUUACUACAUUGUUCUAUUCCAAACGCAAGCUGUACGUCAGCCUUGUCUGUGCAACAAAACUUGAAAAACCAAAGCAUCAACUUCCUUGAACUUAUGACCGAAAAACUAACCAGUACAAACCAGUACUGCAUAUAACGUAUAUUGCAAUAUACUAUAGUAUCAGUGACACCAGUGAGUUAGUAAACUAUGCCGUAAAGUCGGUAGCAUGACUGCAGCGUACUUACGCGUUCCUUUUUAUACACACCUGUAUUGCGCGUAUUUCUUCGGUUGAAUUUGUUGAGUCUUGUGGUACACAGUUUCAGUAGCAACCAUACCUUGAAAAUUAGGGCUCCCAAUGAAAACAGGAGAGUAAGCUUCCAACCUCUUUUAAGCCACCAUGAUACUCCAAAGAGAGGGCUAAAUACAAGAACUGAUACAGUAGCCGCUGUCUCCCCCUACAAGAAAGGAACACUACCUAUAAGUAUCUGAUCAUCAUGUUAUAUGAGGGGUCUGUGCUACUGCUCUUUCAUUAUGGCACUUCUGUGCGCGAAAAAUCGUGAUAAACCACAGCUUUUAAAUAAACGCAUUUUGAAAUUUAUUGUUACUUAUGCAAAUUCUAGUUAUGAAGAAUUGCUAAACAUGGCUAAGACAACAUCGAUAUCCUUGUACAGUGGAAGAAAUCACAAAAUGCUUAUUGUAGUGUUUAAAAGCUUACUUGUCUCUGCGUAUCUUACGAGAAGCUGUUCCCUCUUUGCAGCUCUAAAUAUCUUUUGAGAGGGAAUAAUGUACCGAGUUUACCUGAACCUAAGACAACCACUUGUGGACUCGAGUCCAUCACGUACGAAGCUGCAAAGCUUUGGAACUCACUUAAAGACGACAUGAGACAAAUAAUAUCAAUCGAUGACUUUCAAAAUUCCUUAAGAAAUUUGAAUUCUCAUUAAAAUUAGUUUCGUAUGUUUUUUACUAACUUUAAUAAUUUUCAGUAAGCUUUACUUCUAUUUUGUUCGGAAAUAUUAGCUCAAAAGAGCUACUUCAGUAAAUUCGAAUUCAAAUAAUGUUUAUGUAUGUAUUUGUAUGUAUGUAUGUUCCUAACUAAGAUAAAAUUUAUCAUUCGAGCUGCCAGACGGAGUUUAUUUACAAGGACUAUGAUAAAAAACAGGGGGCCAUUCAAGAGAAAAAAAUAUUUUUCCAGCAGGAAAUGAGACCUUGACCUAUCAAAAGACGAAAAAAGGAAAAACAAACGUUACUCUUAUCAACUUAAGGACUGGGGCUCUUAUACAAAGCUAUUUUUGAGUAACCUGUGUUGGAAUUUUGUUGUGCCCUCGCGGCGAGAGAAGUGCCAGGUUUUGUACGUUCCUCCUUAUCCUAACUUGGAUGCUUGUUUGCUUCUCUGUUGUAGGACAAACAUUUAUUGUACAGUGGUCUAACAUUCUUCUACAUGAAAAUCCUCAAGGUAAAAGCGUCAUGUUGUGAAAGAAAAAUGCAAAGCUUAAAAGGUUUUUUUUUAAUUUCAUGUUUGCUUCAUUUCAGCCGGUGGUUUCACCUUUCAGUGUACGCUUAAUAAAACAGGUGAAAUUGUCUUCUCUUAUCACCAGGUAAAAUUCAUUAUAUUUUACAUUUACUGUGAAUUAAUCGUAUAAACAUAACAACUUUCUUUAAUUUUCCAGACAUGUUUCGACGGUACAUCCGUCAUCUUCAGUGUUACAUAUUUUGAAAUCGCCGUUGAAUUUAAAGCGCGCGCGAUCUUACAAAGUUCGUUACAUUGCGUUGUCAAUAUUGCGUGCUAAAACAAAGUUAAAUGAGUGACGCUUCGUUCUUUACAGGGAGAGAGUCAGGUUAAUGUGUUUCACCUGCUGGUUGAGAUCUUUAAAAUCCCUUACGUUGGGCACUUCUCAGUCACGGCACAGAGGAGUAUACGCAAACUUGCUAACCGGUUAUGUAAACCUAUUGAUUUAAGGCUAGUCUUUACUACUUUCAAAGUCAGGAAUCUUUUUAUUGUGAACGAUGCUGUCCCUGAGGGGCUACGCACGCGUGUGGUCUAUAAAUUUUCGUGUGCAAGUUGUAAUGCUUGUUAUGUUGGUGAAACCAGCCGACACUUCUCCACACGAGUGCGCAAGCACUUACUUUCAGAUAGGUCUUCGAACGUUUUUAAUCAUCUGCAGGGUUCAGAGUUUUGUAGAGCAUCCUGCACACCGGAUUGCUUCGAGAUCCUAGACUCUGCAGCCACUAAGUACCAAGUGAAGCUUAAGGAAUCCAUGUUUAUAAAAUGGGAGAAGCCCGAUGUCAACCAACAGGUGAAACACAUUAACCUGACUCUCUCCCUGUAAAGAACUAAGCGUCACUCAUUUAACUUUGUUUUAGCACGCAAUAUUGACAACGCAAUGUAACGAACUUUGUAAGAUCGCGCGCGCUUUAAAUUCAACGGCGAUUUCAAAAUAUGUAACACUGAAGAUGACGGAUGUACCGUCGAAACAUGUCUGGAAAAUUAAAGAAAGUUGUUACGUUUAUACGACUAUCUAUAUUGUUGCUGCUAUCUAGACACUGUGAAUUAAGGUUUGAACUCAGGAGUCAUUUCAUAGUUCGUUAACCGAUAUCAAUGUACUAUAUUCAAACUCGGUUCAAGAAUUAAAAUAACUGGUUAACAUGAGUCAUCUAUGCAAUAUUUAGCUCCGUGUAAGACAUACGUUGUAGCGUCCACUCAUAGCUACUUGAAACUGUACUUUAAUCAGUUGUUCACUUGCUCGUUCGUUUCUAAUCUGCACAUAACUUGUAUUCAUUCCAUUCACAAAUUGCACGUGAAAGAGAAAGAUUCGCUGAAAUAACAACAACGCGACUAUUACAAAGAUGAUAUUGACCGAAUAACCGAAAAUACUGCAUACUUACAAGUUAUUGUGCCUUCUUAAUGGAAAGGAAAACUUGUCCUAACGAAACGACAGUAUAACUCCUGUAGCGACGAAAUUCACCCUUGUUUACGGACCUUUAUUUCCAAUACUGCAAGGACGGCUACAAUCUUGAAUCGUGACAAUACACGAAGACAAUGUUCCAAACAAUACAGUCGUCAAUGCGUCGAAACCGAUCAAUUUUGUUCGUUACUUCGAGUGAAUGCCCUAGCUGCAAACACUCGCCGAAACGUAUCAAAAGGCAACUAAAAACAAAGUCACAUGACCUCUAAAGGCGGGAAAACAAACGAAACAGGGGACCCAGCCGCUACAACUCCAUAACAAAACAUGUGCUUUCGUGGGAAAGAGCGCCCGCGAUAUUUUGUGCGCGGUCUCCGAAGACCACACCAUAUAACGUUUAUUUUCUGUCUCUUACACGCUCCCCCCCGAAAGACGACUGGGGAGUCUUUCUACUUUAGCACAAACUAGUACUGAGCGUACAAAAAACUAGUCGAAACUAUCCGAUCAGUACAAAGUUCCUCAAAAGUUCCCUCAGUUAUCUGAACCUUUCGGAACAGUUCAGACACUUCUCGGUGCCCUUCCUACACACAUGAACUGGUAGCUUCAAAGAGGUUUUGGCCGCUGUUCCAAGCCACCUAGUAACUGCUCGUCCAAUAGACAGAGCUUCCGGACAUCUCUGCGGUACGCUCUGUCCGCUGUUCUGACGACAACUUGGCGUACCAUGCCUUCGCUAUCAGGAAAGGUUUGCUCGACCAAGCCCUUUGGCCACUGACCCCGGGGCAAAUUCUUGUCUGCAAGCAACACUAAAUCUCCUGCUAUAAAGUUUGGCUUAGGUUGUAACCACUUCUGGCGUUCUUGGAGCGUUGGCAGAUAUUCCCUUGUCCACCUCUGCCAAAAUUCAUUUGCGAGAAGAUGAACGUGCUUCCAUCUGGCUUUGAAUCGAUCUGACUCCUUGAAUAAAUCUGGGGAUGAAGACGGGUUUCGGCGCAACAGAAGGAUAUGGUUCGGCGUCAGUGCUUCCAAAUCCUUUGGAUCAUCAGAGACCGGCGUGAUUGGCCUGUCAUUCAAAAUCUUCUCUACUUCAAUGAGGAAUGUUUUCAGGGUUUCUUCGUCUACGAGGCGUUCUCCCACCAUAGAAUGAGGGAUCCGUCUGAUAGACCGUAUAAGUCUCUCCCAUGCGCCGCCUUGGUGACUGGCCGUGGGUGGGUUAAAUUUCCACUCAAUUCCUCUCCUGGUCAACUUCAACUGAAUCUUCUCCUGAUCCCACACCUUUAAAGCGUUGACGACGUCCAAUUCAGCUCCUCUAAAAUUAGUACCAUUGUUACUAUAGAUAAUACCUGGGGGGCCUCUUCUACCAACGAAGCGCAAAACGGCAUUGAUAAAACUGUCAGUGGAGAGGUUGUUAACUAACCUUUAUGUGAACUGCUCGAUAUCUUAAGCAAGUGAAGAUGCAGCCGUAACGUUUGUUCAGAGAAGGGUCUCUCCUUGAUCUUGUGUUAGGUCCUAUCUUCACGUAGAGGGGGCCGAAGUAAUCCAACCCAACUGCAGCAAAUGGAUAUACGAGCCUGUGACUGUCCAAAGACACUCUAACAACUGGAAGUGGUGCUGUCACUUGUUCUCCUAACUUGGCGUUCUGACGUUUGCACACAUGACACUUGCCAAGAACUUGCUUUAUCGUGGAAACUGCAUUCACGAUCCAAUAGCGCUGCCUAAUUUCGGCCAGAUCUUGAUAGGUUCCUACGUGUCCAUUCAAGUGAUGAUAGUGGCGGAUUAUCAACUCAGACACGGGGUGCUUUGCUGGCAGUAUCAUCGGGUGCUUGGCAUCAUAUGGCAAACUCGAGUGAUUCAAUCUUCCGCCGACACGUAUGAUUCCUUCAUCUUCGAAUGGCUUAAGUCUGGCUAGUCUGCCUUUGAUGACUGUUUCACUUUUCUCAUCAGCAAAUGACUGUUCCUGGAAGAACUUCACAAUUUUCUUCUCCGCUUUGUCCACGUCAUGGAUCGAUAAGGUUUUAGGACUAUACUUCACACUUCUAUCUUUGUCCUUCUGGCACGGUCUGUUGAAGGCUCUACAUAACCACCCAACUAUUCUUCUCAAUCGAUUCCACGACGAAUAUCGUUGGAACAAAAUGCUCCAGAAAUCCGCAUGAACUGUGGAUGCUCCAACAGUGACUUUCUCCUUUUUCACUCCUUCGUCUGUAUCUAGGAGGUCUCCCAAUUCCUCUGGAGGCUGCGGGGGCCAAUCUUCAACUUCUCUCCACAAGAAUUCUGGACCACGGCGCCACCUUUCCAGUUUUCCGGUCUCCGAGGCCUUGAUCCCUCGGGAAGCAUAAUCCGCAGGAUUGAGCUCUGAUCGUACAUGCCGCCACUGCCCUGGAUCUGAUUCUUGACGUAUGACAGCUACCCGGUUUGCGACGAAGGUUACAAAUCUUCGUACUUCAUUGGCAAUGUACUUGAGAAUUAUCAUAGAAUCAGUCCAGUAAGUCACACUGUUAAUCUCCAGUCUUCCUUCUAACUCUCUCGUUAUGACCUUGUUGACUUUCGUUGCUAGAGUAGCCGCUGUCAACUCCAGCUUUGGUACUGUUACAGCACUUUUCAAGGGUUUCACGCGAGACUUCCCCAUUACGAAAUAGCAAUGAAUUUGCCCCUGACUGUUAACAAGACGUAAAUAAGAGGCUGUCCCAUAACCAUGCUCUGGGAUGCGUCGGCGAAAUGAUGAAGCUCUACAUGUUUCACUUCACCGAAGUCCUUUGGCUUACAACAUCGAGGAAUACUGAAUCCUUGCAAGCUCAUAAGCCUUUCUCUCCAACUCUUCCAAUGUUCACACAAUUCUCUUGGGAGCUUCUCAUUCCAAUCCAACUUUAGUUUGCACAAUUCCUUAUUCAUUUCUCUUCCAGGUAAGAGUAGGGGGCUGGCCAAUCCGAGCGGGUCAUACACCGUUGCAAUAGAUGAUAAGACACCUUUCCGAUUCUCUGGACGCUCCUUGUCAUUCACAACAAAGUCAAUGGUGUCAUGUUCAACAUUCCAGUGGAUUCCUAGUGCUCUAUCUAUAGGCAAACUUUCUGAUUUCAAAUCUAAACUCUUAAUGGUGGGUGCUCUUUCCUCCACCGGGAACGCUGACAACACGCUGCGAGAACUGGAAAUCCAUUUUGUCAAUUCAAAGCCUCCUCUCGCAGGUAACUCCUGGAGCUGCUUACUGACUUGUACUGCGCGUUCUGAAUCAGCAAAGGAUUUAAGCAAGUCAUCUACGUAGAAAUCCUUAAGAACGGCGUCAACUGCCUCUUGGGAGAAGUCUUUCUCAUUAUCCUUAGCCGUCUUUCUCAGGGCGUAUCCUGCUACGCUCGGCGAGGACUUUGCUCCAAAAAUGUGCACGAGCAUUUGGUAAGUCUUCGUUCCCUUUGACUGGUCACCAUUCGGCCACCAUAAAUAACACAACGCUCCACGAUCUUCUGGUGCUACGAAGACCUGGUGAAACAUUCUCUUAAUAUCUGCCGUAACUGCAACGUCAUCUACUCGGAAUCUCAGGAUCACUCCUAUCAGGGUGCUGGUGUUUUCAGGGCCUCUCAAAAGUUGCUCAUUCAAAGACGUUCCACCACUCCUUGAGGCACAAUCAAACACUACCCGCGGUUCUUCGGGUUUUCUAGGAUGCCACACCGCGUGAUGAGGAAGGUACCAUAGCGGCUUAAGCACUGGGACUUCGUCAUCAGGUACCCGUCGUGAUGCUCCCUCGGUCAGGUACUUGUCCAUUACGCCACAGUACUUUCGGUGGAAAACUGGAUCCUUCCGCAUCUUUCUCUGUAGCCAACUUAACCUGCUUGUGGCCGUCGACAGACUCUCAGGAAGGUCAGGCUUCUCUUGGCGAAAAGGAAGCUUAAGCUGAUAGUGUCCGUUCACUAAGGUCGCUGACUGAUCCAUAAGUUCCUGUGCUUUACGGUCCUCAACAGACAUGCCUUCCUCAGCAUUGGCAUCAGCUUCAACAAAUUCCUCAUCAUACAUGCGCUCUAGCUCAACGCUUAAGCUAUCUUGGCCGGUGCGAGUAAAGUUUAUGUGAACACGGUCCUUAAGAGGCGGUCCGUGUAAGAACCGACCACUCGAAUUUCCGUGGGAAACAGAAUUCCUUCAUUUUUUUUUCUGCGACAUAAUUAGCCCAUUCCAUUAACAAAUAUCGAAUUUGUUUGGCUCAUAGUGCUUUUUUAAAAAAAAAUUGGGCGGCGAUUCGCCUGGACGGUCCAAAGCUGUCAUGAUCGUCUUUUUUAAGGUCAAAUUUAAGCGUUUUGUUCAAGGCUCGCAAAAAUUUCGCAUUUAUCCAAAUAGCAUAAAACAAAAGUAUGAUUUUGAUUCAUGCUUCCUUUAUUCAAACAAGGUAAAAUAUUUAAAUUCUGACCCCCCAAAAAAGGAAUUAUGAUGUUUUGAAAAUACCACGUAAAGCGUCCUUGAAAAAAAUGCGCGGUUAUCCUAGUUUUGAAAUGAGCUCUUUUUAAAAGUCUGACGUUAUCUGGAGUCUUGGUCACUAUCCCUGUUCAGUAAUAGGGCUCGUGUAUCGAAAUCAAGAAAAACAUUUUUGGGCACUGUUGAUUCCGAAGCACAAGAGUUCGAUAAAGUUGGGUAACAAUCUACUGUAAUUGUGCGUAUGACGUAAUUUACGCAUUUUCUUGAUUCCGAACUUUCCUACUAUAAAACUAAAAAUCAUUACUGUCAGGGAGCAACUAUUUUCAAAACUAACUUAAUGCUGGGGACAAACAGUGAAUAUCUUAAAAUCCACUACAUAUUGUCCUAAAUUAAAAUUGGGAUGUUCCAAAAAAACGUAGCAGCUCCGGUGAAUGUUGCUAUGUCAAGUUGGGGCUAAACAGUUGAGAAAUUUCGUUGAAAUAAACGGGCUAGAACGGUAAAAAAAAUUUAAAACACAUUGUGAAUAGAUUUACCGCGUAAUUACCACCUCAAAAGUUAUGUCACGAUCCAGCAAAGAAAUAGUUUACCAAAAUGUACCGAAUUUUCUAGCCACAAGUUUUUGCGUGCAGACGACAUCAUUUAUAUUGUGUCUGAGGAUGUCAAUUUCAGAUUUCAGUUUGCAGUGCAAAACAUGUUGAAUGUUAUUUUAUCGAAGCUGAAACUACUUAUCAGGCUUAACGAGGUAAAAUAAACAAGGUACAAAAAACUGGCUACUUUUAAGAAUAAAAAGGUUUUGCUGGGUUACUAAAAAUUUCUUCAAGUUUUUAAUUCAAUUUAAGUUAAUUUUUCUGGCGUCGUUCACUUAAUUUAAUAUCGUAUGCAAAUUUGCAACACAAAACGUAGAGCGUAUUUACAGUGUGCCGAGAUAACCUUCGCAGAUAGAAUGGCUGCAUUUUGUUCUUUUUCCGCAUUAACAGGCGGAAAAUGCGGAAGUAAUCGAGGAUAUGUCGAUUUUGUUUGCUUGAAUAGUUGCAACGCUGACAUUAGUUCACACCUAAUGAAUCACCACCUGUCAAGGGAAAAUGUUUGUGAAAUGGAUCUGAUACUGGCAAGGGUAGGUCUGUUAGAACUCACUGAUGAUCAGAUCAAGAAUAUGACGGUUUGUCCAGUCCAUCGUUACACUUUGGAAAAAUACUGGCAAGCUCCAAAGACCUGCCAGUAUCCAAAACAUCACGGGAAGAAAAUGGCAAUAGCCGGAACACAUGUUAUUAAUUUCAAGACUGCAAGGGAAAUAAAAAAUAUCUUUGAAGAAGCCGUUCCCGUUGGCUCGCGUAAGUACUAUCAGACUAGCAACUAUAACUGUUUUAUGCUUUCAUUUUAUAAUUAACAUAUCAGAAUUAAAGGGUUUUGUCUUCCUUAACAUUUCAACUAAAUACUUUCGUUCGUAAUUACUUAAAAGCGAGCUGUAGACUGAGGGGAAGUCCCAUUCUAUAUAUUUUCUGAACGAUAAACGAUCGAUCCCGUAUUUGAUAGUAUUUUGGAGCCAGAAAAUCAUUUCCAAAAAAAUAACAUAUCAAAUGAUCAUAAUUUGGUUUUUGUAGUUCAUUACAGCAAUAGUUCUUUGCUGUGCAUCAUCCAUAAAUUCGGUUGCUAAUUUAUAGCCUAUAUAACAUAAUUUCCAAGAUGGGAUAUAAACAUAUAGCUUCUAUUAUCAACUUAGUAGUAAAUUCAGUAUUUUUUUAACAAGUCUUUCCAGGUUGGAAAACUUUUUUUGUUUCUUUUUGUUACUAUAGCUAUUUGCACAACGUGCAGAAAGAAACACAGUGAAGAAGUAGAUCGGAAAUCAGACUGGCUAUACCCUGAGGAAACUGAGGGAGAUGUGCUCCUUCAAAGGUACUGUCGGGAGGGUAGUCGUUUGGUUGUUGUUUUAUAAAAAACACACACACGGUUGUCCUGUCAGGUUAUCCUAUCGCAAGGCAACUAAGUAGCAACCUUUCCAUUUUUAUUCUCCGCAGACCUGCUAAAGAGGCUGCUGUGGGAGCCAUCGGUCGCAUGGUCACUUCCACUCCAUUUCCUGAAGACCAAUCAACGCCAGCUUCCUGGAAUCCGAUAACACCAUGCUGGACUCCAGGGUCAGAGGAGGCCUCUUUAACUUCACCCGUGGUAACCGAUGCAGUCGGCAGGUAUAACGAGGCGAUGGAUACAAUUGCGAGUCUUGCUACACAAGAACAGGUAGAACGCGAACCUCUUAAAUAUCAGCUUAAAACUCCAUUCCAAAACUUAAGCGAUGGGGAACAGCUGAAAUUUGUAAAAAAGGCUAAAGAGGACUGCUUGCACGUAUGUAAUGUAAUUGCCCCAGGUAACGGAGAGGAGCUCUUCGAGUCAAUGAUGUCUGUACAAAGAGAAUUAUUUGAUGGCGCAGUCCCCGAUGAUCUUGUGGUACUCAUGACUGCUUAUAAGAACGCAAAGACCAGGAAUUUAAAGAAACAGAUUCUGAGCCUUUACGCUCAAAGAUACCCUAUGACCAAACUGAAGAAAAUUCACCAACCUUACGGAAGUCUCUCUACAUGGGAAAUAAAGCAAGCACGUUCUCAUGCUAAAAUGCACGGUCCUGGGACCAUCCCUGAAAUCAAGACGAAGCAUCGCGUACGCCUUGAUAUGGGGAAGGUCGACCACUUUGUAGAGUUCAUUAAAAGACCGUACUUUUAUCAGGAUGUUUCAUAUGGUAACAAGGUACUCACCCUAGAUAAUGGUGACAGAAUUGAGAUGCCUAACGUUGUAAGGAUCCUGACCAGGUCUACAAUGAUUGAGCAAUACUUGGAGUAUUGCAAAGAGCAAUGUCACGAGCCACUUAGUAGGUCUUCUCUGUUUAAAAUAUUGGAGGUUCGAGAAGCGUCUCAGCGUAAAUCGCUCCAGGGAGUGGACAAUACGGCUGCAGAUGGUGCUGCGGGCUUUCAGACUAUUGAGACGCUGGUUGAAACUCUUGAGAAGGGAGGAAUGGAGAAACAGUGGUGUUUACGUAUUUGCCAAAACCUACGCGAUGCUAAACGCUAUCUCAAAACUGACUACCGUGUACACUGUCAACAGCAUUACUCUACUUGUGCUGACCACUGUAGAAAGUUUGCGCUUAGUGAUCCUGUUGAUCCCGAGCUCCAGCAUCCUUGUCCGCAUCAGCAUCAAUCGACUUGCGAGCAAUGCCAAGGGCUGAAGGAUGUUCUAAAGGAAGUGAGACUAGCCACUGAAGGGUCGUCAUGGAAGCCUUACAGUUGCGAACAACGAGAAGAUGUCCUUUACGACUUUGACCGUGCACAGUCAGACAUCUUGCUGUGGAAAGCGCACAUUGUACGCUCAAUAAAUCAGGAGGAGGCGAAACAAGAUGCACUGAAAUCAGAAGACCCACAGUCAGCCAUUCUGAUCAUGGACUGGGCCAUGAAGUUCCUCCAAAUAAAAUUUCGUGAGAAACAGUCUGAAUGGUUCGGCAAACGGGGGCUCAGCUGGCAUAUUUCCACCUUUAUAACUAAGAAUGUUGACUCUGGAAAAAUUGAGCUGCAAUCGUAUGCUCAUAUCUUCGACUCUUGCCAGCAAGACUGGUACGCAGUAUGCUCGAUCAUCGAAAACACACUUGAGGUUGUAAAGAGAGAACAUCCCCAGAUUACCCAAGUGAACCUAAGGAGUGACGAAGCAGGCUGUUACCACAAUAACUUUCUCUUAGCCGCCGUUAGAGAUGCCGGAAGACGAGUAGGCAUUGAAGUAGCACUGUAUGACUUUUCCGAGCCGCAGUAUGGAAAAGAUAUCUGUGAUAGAAUCCUUUGUCCAAUGAAAUCAUCCAUCCGACGAUAUUGCAAUGAAGGACACGAUGUCGUUUCUGCGAAAGACAUGCGUGUAGCGCUUUCAGAACGUCCUGUUCAAGGUACAACUGCCUCCGUGUGCGCAAUGAAUGAGACUCAAAAGACACUCGAACUACAUAAGAUAGAAGGUUUCAGCAAGUAUCACAAUUUCAAGUUUGAAGUGAAAGGAAUUAGAGCAUGGAAAGCUUAUGGUGUUGGACUAGGCAAGUUUAUUCCUUACCGAGAGGUCAUAACUGAACCUCAAGGUCCUACUGGUCUCAUUGUGCAUGAAAACUUCUUUCCUCUCAAAGAAGCUCGAGUGUAUAAGAGAGAGACAAACAGUGAAAAUGAACAAUGCAACGGUCUUUUCUCUUGUUCUGAGCCCGGGUGCAACAUGGUUUUCAAGAAAUUCAGUGAACUCGAAAAUCACCUUGAUGUUGGUGAGCACAGCCAAGUUCGCGGAAACUCUGAUACGGUGUAUGACAAGCUCAGAAGAGACUGGGCGGAGAAAUUUCGUACUGUUGAUAAGGACGAAGAAAUCAGAAGCGUGCCUGAAGCAGUUGUAGAGGAGCAUCACGAAAAGAAUAAAACUGGCCGCUUUCCCGAGUGCAGUGACUUGCAGACUGGAUGGGUUCUACACAAGCCCCGAAACGAAGCUGUGCGUUUUCCUACCGAGGUUAAACAGAACCUAACAACGAAAUUUGAUCUUGGAGAAAGAACUGGCAUCAAGUCAGAUCCCGCAAAAGUGGCAGCAGAAGUGCGAACUGCAAGAAACCCAGACAGUUCUCGGAUGUUUGAGAGGAAACAUUGGCUCACAAAGGGUCAAGUACAGGGAUUUUUUUCGAGGCUAGCGGCCUCGCGAAGAAGCAAAGCACAUCGGGAAGCGCUCAAUGAAGACGUAGAGGCGGAACAGGAAGAGCAGGAAAGACGAGCCACCCUGGAAGAGGUAGCCACCCACCUUGGUCCUAAGCAUCCGAUCUGCUAUGAUUCAUAUUGUUUAUGUGACCUUUCACACGAGAAGAAACUUGAAAGAUUUAGCGUUGCUAUGCUCAAGGACAUGUUGAAAUACUUUGAAAUUCCUUUUAGUUCUCGCGAUAGAAAAAAAAUUCUUGUAGGGAACCUAUCGGAAUUUCUUGAAGGCUGUGACUGUAACCAGCCACGUUAAGGCACAAACCGCUAUUAUAGUAACCAACAGGUUUUUCAACCUCGAGUUCAAGAAGAUCGUGGAGGCAGUUAUUUUUCAAACACUUGAAAAGACGUUUUAAGACCUUUAUACUUUUUGAAAUUCCUUUUAGUUCUCGCGAUAGAAAAAAAUUCUUGUAGCGAACCUAUCCGAAUUUCUUGAAGGCUGUGACUGUAACCAGCCGCAUUAAGGCACAAACCGCUAUUUAAUAUAGUAACCAACAGGGUUUUUCGACCUCGAGUUCAAAAAGAUCGUGGAGGCAGUUAUUUUUCGAAAACUUGAAAAGACGUUUUAAGACCUUUAUACUUUUUGAAAAGUCGAAUUAGAAAAGAACAUGUUUUUUUGUCAACCGUACUAAAAAGGUACAUACGCGUGACAAGCUAAAAGACUGACAUUCACGCGUAGCCAGCGUGACGGGAAAUUAACACUGUUCAGAUGAUUUGAAUUUCGGCUGUAAUGUACUGGGUGUUUUUAAUAAAAUGUGUAAUUCUUUUAAACAGGACUCACUUUCGUCAAGUAAUUAUAUGCUUAACCUGAAUGAAAAGCUUUUUCUUUUUUUGUUGAUCAGGAAAACCUACGACCAAUUUAAUUGAAUGAAAUUUUGUAAACGGCUUUUAGAAGUAAACUUAGACGACUGACAACUUACCCCGGAAUCGAUAAUUUCGACUAUUAAACUUCGCAAUUCCUAGUUUCGUGUGGCAUUUGGUAAGUUGUUGGCUGUUCACAGUUUAUCUCGAACAAUAAAGGCCACUUUUAAAUACAUUUGCUCUCUCGGUUUGAUUUUCAGUGGGAAAAUUCGGAAUCACCAAAAUGCGUAAAUUACGUCAUACGCACAAUUACAGUAAAAUAUUACCCAACUUUAUCGAACUCUUGUGCUUCGGAAUCAACAGUGCCCAAAAAUGUUUUUCUUGAUUUCGAUACACUAGCCCUAUUACUGAACAGGGAGGGUGACCAAGACUCCAGAUAACGUCAGACUUUUGAAAAAAGCUUAUUUUAAAACUAGGAUAACCGCGCAUUUUUUUCAAGGACGCUUUACGUGAUAUUUUCAAAACAUCAAAACUCGUUUUUUUAAAGUCAGAAUUUAAAUAUUUUGCCUUUUUUGAAUAAAGGAAGCAUGAAUUAAAAUCACACUUUUGUUUUAUGCUAUUUGGAUAAAUGCGAAAUUUUUGCGAGUUUUGAACAACACGCUUAAAUUUGACCUUCAAAAAGACGAUCAUGACAGCUUUGGACCGUCCAGGCAAAUCGCCGCCCAAAUUUUUUUUAAAAAGCACUAUGAGCCAAACAAAUUCGAUAUUUGUUAAUGGAAUGGGCUAAUUAUGUUGCAGAAAAAAAAUGAAGGAAUUCUGUUUUCCGCGGAAAUUCGAGUGGUCGGUUCUUACACGGACCGCCUCUUAAAGUGCAACUAACCCCUCAAUUUUUUUUUCGCUGAACGAAAUCUUCUUAUCAUCCUGCUUACUUGUGCGAAAAAAUUUUGGUCAUAGCGUUUUUCCUUAUUUUUUUAUAAUUUUUCAAAGUUUCAAAUUUACAAAUUUACCGAUCUCUGUGGAGAAUGGGUCCGAGUGUUAUUGUGACGUCAUUGAAACGAGCUCGACCUUCGCGAGCAACACGGACUCCUCUUGAAAUCUUCUUCUGGAAUCAUGCACGACGCCUGUGUUGUUUUCGGUUGUAGCAGAACAGCCGAUCCCCAAAGAGGUAUCGGGCUUCAUAGAAUUCCUAUCUUUGAUGACUCACGCGAGGAAAGCAUUAAAAGAGGACGGAAAUGGGUGAACUUUGUCCAGCAGAGGAGAGCUAAAUAGGAGCCAACCAUUUUUACAGCGUGCGCGCUGAAAAACAAUCGAACUUUUGAUCUAGUGAUCAACGAUCAGGAGCCCAUCAUUUUCAAGGCGAGUUUUCGCGGACUUAGUUUUAAAGGGAACAAGGUCAUCGGCUAAAUCAAAGCAGAAGAUGGACCAGUCUUUACGAUAAGGUACGAUAUUUAUCUGUACGUAGUAAGCUAAGAUUUCCGGGCAGCCAUAUUCAGAUGAUAGCAUAUUCUUAUGUUGGAAUGUCUUGCUGGUAAGAAUAAUCUCCCGCUCUGCUGAUUUUGCUAAACAAAGAACUUAAUAGGUUUCUUUUGUUUCCUAUUUUAACAAAAAAAAGGCCAACGCAUUUUUUGCAUACAUUUUUUCUUGCAAAAUAAGCUAAAACUGGCAAAAAAAAUGCAGGGCAAGGUUUUUCUGUUGAAUCAGAGGCCACGUAGAAAAAUUUUUAGCUGAUUUGGAAGAAAAAAACAUCCAGAACGUUUGUUCACAAAGUGUUAUUCCAAUCCCGUCAUUAUUGAAUGAUAUUACGUUUUUGUAGUUUAGUCUGUAUAACCUCUUUAUUGAAAAUAUUGUCUGUUUUUAUUUUCAGGCAUAUUCUUGCAGCAGUUCAUUUCAAUUUCAAUUUCAACCUGCACAGGGAUUGCACUGGUAUCACAGAGAUCAGGGUUGGAAUCCCUGUAAGCCUGAAUUUUUUCAGGCUUUCUUUCCACAACUGCAUAAGUUGUGUAUUUGACUGUAGUGAUCUUUUCUGUUUAUAAUAUAUUAUGUAGAUUAUUUUCUAUAAAAAUUGGAGAAAGGAAUGAAUUUUGUGGAAAAAGGAGUAAAGAUUUUCAUCGUCACAACCCUUUCUAUCACCUUUAGAGGAGCUGCGGAAUUGUACUGUAUUCAAUUUACUUUUUUUCCUACUUCCUGAUGAACCAGUUGCAAGCACGAGUUCAAAUACAAGAAAAAGGGAAAAAAAAACAGAAAACUCCCAGAGAUGGCCCCAAGAAAGCUCGCUAUUGCUCUGCAUGCAAAAAUCCCAUGAAAGGACACAAGAAUAUUGAAGACUGUCCAAAGAAUAAGAAAUAGGGCUAGAAGUUUAAAAGCCAUAGUGAAUAUUGUCUCUGUUGAGCUUCCGUAGGGAACUAUUCUUGUACAAGUUUUGAGUUAUACUACGCAUAUACAUGUGUGUAUUGUGAUUGAAUUGUGGUCUAUGUAUAUACAGACAAAACUGGUCAGCUAUAUCUAUCCUUUUGCAAUUGAAAUCAGAAUUCUCAUACAAAUUAUGCAUAGCCUUAGGUUAAAAGGUUAAAGGCAUGUUUAUAGUGGAAGGUGCACUUAGCUAGUCAGCUAAUUUACAGGCACUCCACUCAAAUAUUUAGAAACAAAUAAUUCAAAUACAACAUAACAGGAUUAAAAACCCAACUGGCAGAAGGCAACCAGUUGGCUAUUUACAAGCGUGGCCGAGAAUUUGAACUCGGGACGACCGAGCACAAAUCCAGCAAGUGGCCAGAGCGGGACUCGAACCCGGGACCGCCGGAUUGCGAGUCCGACGCGCUGACCACUCGGCCACGCUGCCUCUUUGGAGGUUGGUUGGCAAUAAUAACUCUUUAAGGAAGCUUACCAGCAAUAUUAAAGAAAAGUCAAAGGAUUUUGGUGGGAAAUAAAUUGAAACCAAUCAGUCAGCGGGCUGUGUGUAUACCGUAAAUCCUCUAUUAAGCCGCCCCUCUAAUAAGCCCCCCCUUUUCAGAGGAGGAAAGCUAAUAAGCCCCCCUCUCUAUUAAGCCCCCCCUCAAAAGUGCUUGAAAAAAAUAAGCCCCCCAGGGGGGGCUUAAUAGAGGAUUUACGGUAGUUGUGUCUAGCACUAGGGGAUUUGAGGACCUGACCUUCUCUUAUCAGUGACACAUCUCCUGAUCUCUCUUUCUCUCGUAACAAGGGGCUAUAGGAGAUUGCUCUUUUUCAUAAUGGAGAGGAAAAAAGUUUUGUGCUAGCAGUGGCCUCUUUUGGCGGGCAAAAAUAAAUUUUCAUUGCAUAAUGACUUUUUAUUAUUUACAACGAACACCCCUGGGGUGGUACUCAACAAAUUUUUAUGUGGGGAGGUUCCACCCCGAGGUCCAACCCCUUACCCUUUUAUAUGCCAUUUUUCACGUAUACCUUCAAUUCUAUUGACAUUUGGUACCCCUUUCACAUACCUUGUUUAGAACUUUGCAUCUCUUUUGACCGCUUUAAAUGAACUGUCUUUUAAAUUGGAAUCAAUCACACAAAUAGAACGUUUUCUUGACUUUAUAAAGCUAUAAAAUUCAUUUGUGGGCCCUACUAGCCAUUUCACAGACCCAAAUGAUAGAUUUCCCUACCCUUUCAUAUACUUCAACGAGUAAAAUCCCUACCCUUUCAUAUACUGAAGCCAGAAAAAGAUACCCCUUUUAGGCAGAGCCUUCCUUUAUAGGCCAUUAUGGUGAGUACCCCCCGGGCGAAAACCCCACCUGUUGAUUUAUCACUAGUUCUUUUUUAUUACAUGCUUAUUGAAAUGUGUAAAAUUGUAUAUCAAAGGAAAAAAAAAUAGUGGUAAAAGCUACAGUUCAAAAUAAAUCUACUGUUUACGUCAACAAAAGAUGAAGUAAAACAGACAGUUAAACAGAUGAUCAACAAUUUAAUAACAGAAUAAUUUACAAGGGAAAAGGCCUAAAAAGUUUACUUAAUCAUCUGAAGUCGUCGAGUUCGAAUCCAGUGUAGGUUUCAUCUCUGCCGACAGGAAAUUGUUUUCUUAUUGCCGUGUAAGCACACGCAGGAAGAGGAAUUCGCUUGUAGACAAGCCUGGAAAACUCCCUGUAGGCAAUGCUACGCAAGUAACUGUAAAAAAAAAAGACAAUAAGAAAAGUAUUUAAUUUCGGCUGGACGAUGUAUUAAAGAAUUUGUAUGUUUUCAAAUCGAGUGUGUACCAUAUCGAUCGUAUUUGACUCCAAUGCGGUCUGGGCGAUCGUUUCCUAUCAAAAUUGCCGUUUUCUUAUCUCCUGUUUCGGGUAAGCUAACGUCACAAAGAUGAGGCCAACGCUUAAUAUCCUCGUUUGUGGCCAUUUGUCGUGCUGAAACGGGAAGAUUGCUUGUAGUCAAGACGUUUUCCAGUCGGAACUUUGCAUCUCCUUCUAACGAUUCAAUUUCUAACUGGACUUCAUGACCAUGUCUUCGCUCCCCGUCCGCACAGUUGGUGGUGGUCAUAGUAUAGCUGAUUGGCUUCAUAUCCGUUACACCUAUUUCACGCGUCAAACUAUCUAGACAGAUCGAGGCGUCUGAACCGCUGUCUAGGAAAGCGUGUGUUAAGAUCUCUCUGGUACCUCCCGGACAUCUAAUCUUGACUGGAACUACCUUAAAGCAUACUCUGGGUCUGCCCGCUUCGAGCGCAGCAACCGUCACCAGAUCCUGUUCCCUUGCACUUGCCAUCGAAGGGCUGCUAUCCUUCGUGUUGGGCGCUUGCACAUUGCUACUGUUCGCUGAACCUUCCACCGCAUUACUGCUGGGAUUUCUAGGGUUCUUUUCAUCAACGCUCUCCGACGGGAAAUGUAGCAGGUAGUGGUGAUCCUUGCCGCAACCUGAUAUUCGGCAGGUGAAUCCCCUAUCACAUUGUUUCGCAGUAUGUCCUUGGUCAAGACAAAGCUUACAAAGUCCACGUUGACGAACAGUCUUUAGACGGUCAUUCAAUGAGGCACUUCUGAACUUUCGGCACCUCCAAACAUUGUGAGGUCCGGAACACUGAGCACACUUCCAAGGGGGCCUUGGUGAUGUUUUCUGGCUUAGGCAGUUCUGGUCAGUUUGAGUCGCAAGGGUAGUAAACUUGGGAGGCGGAUCCUUUAUCUUGUUUGGUUCCUUUUUUUCCCGGUUACCAUGGAAAGAGGACCCUAAUUCUUGCCCGUAUCUAUUGUUUAUACGAUCUGCAACUCUUCGAACAAAUUCAACAAAGUCCGCAACGUCCGCUCGACCUUUUCGCUUGAUGAGAUCUCCUGCUUCAUCCACCCACUUCCUUUUCAGGCCCUCAUCAGGGAGCUUUCGCAUCAACGAGAUUAUGACAUCUUCGUUGUCUAACCGACUCACGUAGUUGUGACCCAUACUGGUCAGGACCCUCCUAGCAUCUUCCAGUCGCCUUACAAACUCCACGAGAGUCGUCGCAUCUGCUUUCCGCACUUGAAUGUCUCUCAGUUUCUUCAUGUGGGCUUCUACUAUCAUGUGAGGCUGGCCAAAGUUCUCGCUAAGAGUUCUCCAGGCUUCUGUGUACCUUUCACCCACUGUCAAAUUAACACAACUCCUAAUUGCUUCUUUAGCUUUGCCUGAGCACUGAGCUAAAAGGCGUGUCAGUCUUUGAGACUCAUCAGACACCUGGUUCUCAAUAUUGUCUCUAAAGUUCGUAACGAACUCCACAUACUCCAAAGGGUCUCCACUGAAUUUCAUCAACUCUACUUUCGGUAAGGAUGGCCCUUGCUUGAUUGCUUCGGCAACUGCCACCCAAGGAUCAGGUUGCAUGCGUGACUGCGGACUAGCUCGCUGCUCAAAAGGAGGGGCUGAAUAAAUGUACGUUGAUGUGGAUUGCUGAGGAGUGUUGGCAGGAUAGAACUCGGUUGCUGAUGCAUCUGAACCUACAGUUCGUGGACUACAAGACCAUGUAGGCAUUCCUGGUGAUUGGUGCAUCGACAUUGGUGAUGCCGCAACAGCUGUGGAUGUUGCCCUUGGCAAAUUAAAACGAGGUACAUGACUGAUAGGCGUGCUGAACUUAGUACAAUUAAUUGGAGCUUGGGUAGUUAAACUACUAGAACUCGUCUUGUGAAUUGCAACUCUUCCUACGUUUGGACCAGAAGUCGUGACCGCUGACCCUGAUGUUACGUAACUCGCAGUCACCAAUGAUGAAAGUGAAGUUUGGGCAAUAUCUUGUGCUGAAGAUGUUUGCAUUUUUCCAUUAUCAACAACUGGCUGGGAUUCUGAAGAGGGUGUGGCACCACCCGUAACAGGCUGUGACAAAUGCCCCUUCGCAGGAGGAUAAUUGGUACUAUGCUCUUUUAAGUAAUCAUUCAUCCCAUCCUUCGCAUCAUUCUCUUCGCCGCGCUCCAGCAAUAAGUCAAUUUCCGCCUGCUCCAUCUUAGUUUUAGCACUCAACAGCUCUAAUUUCCUGUUUAACUCUGCUUUACUUCUUUCUACUUCUUCUAAUUUGCGUUCUAGUUCCUGAUUUUCCUUUAGGGUCUGCACUUCCAAUUUAGCUUCUACUGCUACCCUUCUCUUCUCUUUAACACUGCUUCUAUUUGACACACAACUUCUCUCGCUCUUGUCAGACCCAUGGCUUAAUCCAGAUUCAGAAGGAGGGGUACCUACUCCCUUUUUCCUCCACUGAUUUGUGAGGAUUUCUAACUGUAAUUUCAUUUCUCGUUCAUUCUGAUAACUGUCAAUAAUAAAUUGUUUUUUCUCUUCAUCAUCUUCAAAGCUGAAGUAAUUAUCAUGACUGACAACAAAGUUACGAAAUGCUUCUUAAUACCUGUAAAUCUCGGCUUCCACUCCACUUAUCUGGGUGCUAGGGCUUAAAAUCAAUUCUUGUACACAAUUUCGCCGUUUCCGCAGUUCUCCAAGAUACCAGUUUCGCUGACGCUUCGCAUGAACCGCUUUCUCGACUCGAACUUCCAAUUCAUCUAUUCUUUUGUUCGGCUCCCUUAAUCUAACAGGCCUGGAACUACUGCCUUGUUCUACCGGUUCCUCGCCAUAGAAACCAAAUUCCACGUUUCCACUUGUUAAUGAUGGCCCUACUUGCUCUAAUCCACCAUUCUCAUCACCUUGGAACGUGCGCUGAGGCGAUUUCUCUGUUGGCGCCGAAUCGGGAACAUUUUCCUUCUGUGGAGUCACGUGAGUCGCUGCUUGCUCGUGUCCACCUUUCUUAGCACCACUUUUCGAUUUCUUGCUCUUCGAAUUCUUGCCAGUCAUUCCGUUCCUUUAACCACAGUACUGCUUGAAAUCAAUAACUUCGAAUGAUGUAGCGUCCACUCAUAGCUACUUGAAACUGUACUUUAAUCAGUUGUUCCAGGUUGUUCACUUGCUAGUUCGUUUCUAAUCUGCACAUAACUUGUAUUCAUUCCAUUCACAAAUUGCACGUGAAAGAGAAAGAUUCGCUGAAAUAACAACAACGCGACUAUUACAAAGAUGAUAUUGACCGAAUAACCGAAAAUACUGCAUACUUACAAGUUAUUGUGCCUUCUUAAUGGAAAGGAAAACUUGUCCUAACGAAACGACAGUAUAACUCCAUAACAAAACAUGUGCUUUCGUGGGAAAGAGCGCCCGCGAUAUUUUGUGCGCGGUCUCCGAAGACCACACCAUAUAACGUUUAUUUUCUGUCUCUUACAUACGUAAUACACAAUAAGGUGACAUAUUUUUCUCAAAAACAUAUAGAGUACAUCAGAGUCAAAUUUUCCAAGAGAGCUAACCUCAAUGAAGGUCUUUCAAAAUUCAGAAGCGCUAUUUCAAUAUCUAGAUCGGAAAAUAACAAGCAAUCCGCCUACAACGCACAUUUUCAGCAUUGUUUUAAAAGCUUUUCUCACUUGAACAACAUCAAAGGGAUCUUUGAAACAUCUGGUUUAAGUCUCCUCCCAAACGUUUCUCGUAGAUUCCAAUUCCGGUUCGUAACAUUUCAAAUGCUUCCCGUGCCGUAAAUAUGGGUAUUUCAGAUGCAUACUAUGUGGGCACACUAAGACACUACUAUGGCAUUUGUAAGUACUUUCUGCAUAUUAAGUCCUCUUCUUAUACAUAACGUCUACAAAUAGAAAUGGACCGAGUAGACUCUUAGUGCGUACGAUACCUGCCGUAUUGAAUUAUAAACUUAGGGUCAUUUGGCACCAAAAUGUCAAAAUGAGAUGCAUCUGUCUCUUUCCUAAAUAGAAUCUGCUGCGCUUAUGUUGUUACUACUUAUCGAGCCAUUCCCAUUCUCACUAGAGCCUUUUCCGAGCUGUGCCUAGUCCUUAGGCCUCAUUAUUCUGCGCGGCCAAUUCGUUUCUAGUCACGUUGUCCAAGGGAAGACGUGGUACGUCACCGAAGUGAAUUGACCGACAAUGCCUGGGAAAACGCCAUACAGGGACUAGGCAAAGUUGUCCCAAGCUUCUGUUUCAAAGCGAGUAAAACUCAUUUUCACAAGCAAGGUUUUACACUUGGACUUUGAGAGUAAGAGUUUUUGGAGUCGAGAUGUCCUCACAAUACUGAACUUGCAAUCCUGUUUCUAUAAGCCACAUUAGCCUUCUGGCAACGAGAAUGACGUCCUUGUUGUUAUGUUUUAUACGACCUUGUUCUUAUGUUUAUGAAGAACUGGGUCUGGUCUUAUACAACCCCUCAUUCAGCAGAGAGUGGUGUGAUUUCUUUAUCCAAAUUUUUUAUUAAUUUAAUGAUCUGCUGACCUACAGGGCAAAUAUUUCGUACAUUUUAUACUUAUGAUGCAGUGCAUAUCAACCAAAGUUGGGCUGUGGAUAACGUGGUGGUGAUACUUCGUCCUAAACCAAGUAAGUUCUUCGUUUUUUUCAGCGCUUUAAAGUACCAUGAACCGGCGCUAAAAUUGAGACCGUGACGUCACAAUUCUGUCUUACAGGAAGUGAAAGUGACAGUACUUCACUGUCAAGGAAACCUUCAUUAUUGUAGCGACAAAUUUCGAUUAAGUUAUAUGAUCAACAUGUUUACCUUAUGUGGAUGAGCUAUGAAGUUAUAUCUCUGAUGGUAACCAAACUGAUCAGAUAAUUAUAACUGUGAGAGGUUUGUACAAGAGUUUGGCCAAGCCUCUCUGUUUUGAUUCCUAAAAUUUCUUUUAGACUGCAUCACCGCCAAGACAUGCGAAGAAUGCAUUGAGAGGAGAAACUCCACUGAGUUUCAUUGCAACUGGUGCCAAAGCAGUGAAAGGUUUUUGUCUUUUCCUGUUUUCCUGAGGCAUUUUAAUCAUUUCUCUAGGGUAACACCUUCCUCUACAAAAUUUGUAGAUAAUAGGAAAGCCGAAUCCAAUCAGUUAUUGAUUAACAUUAUUUAUUCGAAAUAAUUCACCCUCCGAAAUUAUGCAGAAAAUAAAGAGAAAAAUCAAUAGUUCUAGCCGACGGCACCUUCUACAUUUUCACAAUGAUUAUCAGCAUUUUUAGCAUCCUGUACUAUCCUUUGACGUAAUUUCACCGGAUAUCUCAUAUCGCACACAGUCCAAGUUUGCUCAACGCUAGCUGGUCAUGAAAUAUUAGCGGGGGGAUUUGGGCCAAUCAGAAACGAAGAAUCAUUUUAUGCUUAGCGAUAUAAUUAUCAUUAUUAUCCGUCACUGGUUGUCAUUGUACACGGUUGAUGGUGUUUCUGUAACCGAUUCACGUCUUUUUCUGUCUCUUUGUUUCUAUAUUUUGGCUUUUGUUGUUUGUUAUACCAGGUGCUCGGAUGGAUUUGAACGCCAUCGUCAAAAAUGGCUCUCUUCGGGCUGUAACAAGUCAGGAAUUUUUGAAUUAAGUUACUACGCCGUUUAUGGGAAAACUAGACAAAGCAGAAGUUAA